UCCAGCUUGUUUCCAUUUCAACUUCACACUUGGUACUGCUACAGUGCCACAUGUUUCAUCGCCGAUUGCCAAACUCGAGAGUGGACGGAGAUUGAUCGGAGCGUGCAGGGAAAAAUCGGUAAAGAUGCCAAAGAAGAUGGGAGUCAACAGUAAAUCCGAGGCGGCUAGGGCUCGAAAGAGCGCUGCUGAUUCUGAUCGAAAGGAGCGCGAAACAAGAGAGAAGGAGGAUCAGUACUGGCGCGAAGCCGAGGGGGCAAAGUCUCGCGCUACCAAAAAACGUGAGGAAGAGGCGGAGAAGCGAGCCGAAGCUGCUGCUAAGAAAGCCGAGGCCCGUAGACUUGCCGAACAGGAGGAGAAGGAGCUCGAGAAAUCCUUGAAGAAGCCUGACAAGAAAGCUAAUCGAGUCUCUGUUCCGGUGCCCAAGAUGACGGAGGCGGAACUCCGAAGACGUAGAGAAGAGGAGCAAGCAGCGAUGCAGAAGAGGGCCGAGGAGGAAAAGAGGAGGCAGAGCCGUAUUGCGGAGGAGGAGGAGUACGAAAGGGUGGUUCUUGUCACCAAUACCAACCGCGAUGAUUCAAUCAUUGAGGCGCGAACCGUGGAUGAGGCGCUUGCUCAUAUGACGAUAGCAGCAGAUAAUUUGCCUGUGGAUAAGCAUCCUGAGAAGAGACUCAAGGCAUCCUUCAAGGCUUUUGAGGAAGCUGAGCUUAGGAGGCUCAAGGAAGAGAAACCAGGGCUCACACACACACAGUACAAAGACUUGAUUUGGAAGCUAUGGAAGAAAUCUCCUGACAAUCCUCUUAAUCAGAUUUCUGAGUAAUCGUUAGGGAAUUCUAUUGGAUGGCAUGGCUUACUAUGUGAAGGUUGUGGCUUCACUAGCAUGUGAGCUUAUAUGGCUUGUAUUGGUUGAUACCCAUGGAGCUUACUGCCACUUUUAUGCCCUUUCCUAGCUGAUGCAAUCUGAUAGAGAAGUUUUAAAUGCUUCCUUAAUAUCACAGUAUACCUGUACUUAUUAUAAAAUACUUGUCUACCAUAAUGAGUGCUUUUAUCCUUUUUUAAAAAAGGAAAGGUUAGUAAUUGAUGUAUUAAAGUUUCUUCCAUUUUCAUGAGUUAAAGAGGUGAUAAUGUGCGCUGAAGAGAAAGUUGGCGAUUUGAUUUCCUGCUAUCAUCA